AUGGCACCAUGGGAGGAUUAUCUAAAUUCGAUAUACUUUGAUCCUAGAUAUCCGGGUAGUUUUGCGGGACCACAGAAACUAUAUAAAGUGAUCAAGAAGGAGGGAAAAUAUGACAUUGGAAUGCACAGAAUACGGAAAUUCUUACAUAACAAGGAAGCGUACAGUCUUCAUAAACCAGUGAGAAGACGGUUUAAAAGAAACCAUGUCAUUAGCUCAGGGAAAGACGACUUAUGGAUGGCGGACUUGAUCGAUAUGGUGAAGUUUGCCAAGUUAAACGAUGGCUACAAGUAUAUCCUGCUGGUCAUUGACACGUUUUCCAAGUACGUGUGGUUACGGCCGUUAAAAUCGAAAACGGGUGACGAGGUGGCCAAGGCGUUUAAAGAUAUCUUCACAACAAUAUCUCCAGCAAAGCUCAUCACAGACAAAGGCAGAUAUAGCAAACAGUUACGAUCAUACGUAUCACAGAACGAUAGGAAUGUCACCAUCAGAGGUAACAGACACAAACCAGGAGGAAGUGCGACUGGCCACCUACUUCGCCAGAAUGGAUCACGUCCAAAACAAGACACAAAACUCAAACCAUUCAAAUUCAAAGUCGGGAAUUAUGUGAGAAUCAGUCAUCUGCGAAAUGCUUUUACGCGCGCUUAUGACGAAACUUACACGGGCGAGAUCUACAUAAUUCACAAGAGAUAUCAUCGAGGAACUUUACCGAUCUACAGACUCCGUGAUUUACAAGACGAGGAAAUUAAAGGAACAUUUUAUGAAUCUGAACUGCAAAAAAUGAACUAUGACCCCGAACAGACUUUUAAAAUUGAUAAAAUCAUUAAAACGAAAGGCAAAGGACAUAAUAAACAGUAUUUUGUGAAAUGGAAAUAUUAUCCCAAAAAGUUUAAUAGCUGGGCGAAAGCCAGUGACAUAGAAUAG